AUGGGCUCCCGCGGCUCCCACGCCGCGCGCAUUCCCGACGGGGACAGCAUCCGGCGGGAGACGGGCUUCUCGCAGGCCAGUCUGCUCCGCCUCUACCACCGGUUUCGGGCACUGGACAGGAACAAGAAGGGCUACCUGAGCCGCAUGGAUCUGCAGCAGAUUGGGGCGCUGGCCGUGAACCCCCUGGGAGAGCGCAUUAUAGACAGCUUCUUCCCUGACGGGAACCUGCGAGUGGAUUUCCCAGGCUUUGUCAGAAUCCUGGCUCAUUUUCGACCUGUGGAUGAUGAGGACCCAGGCAUGCGAGACCCCAGGGAACCUGAACCCCUCAACAGCAGAAUGAAUAAACUUCGCUUCGCAUUUCAGCUCUAUGACCUGGAUCGAGAUGGAAAGAUCUCCAGGCAUGAGAUGCUACAGGUCCUCCGGCUGAUGGUUGGAGUGCAGGUGACAGAAGAGCAGUUGGAGAGCAUCGCGGACCGCACGGUGCAGGAGGCAGAUGAAGAUGGGGAUGGGGCCGUGUCCUUCCUGGAAUUCACCAAGUCCCUAGAGAAGAUGGACAUCGAGCAGAAAAUGAGCAUCCGGAUCCUGAAGUGACCCCCUUUGGCGCCUUUGACUAGCUUACACAGACCAGUUCAGCCUGGGAUUUAUCUUCAGCCACCCAAGGGGCAGGGCCCCCAUAAACUGUAUUUUUGUGUCUAUGCUAAAUUCUAUUUAGGACCAAGGAGAGAAAGCCAGAAGGGCAUGUACUAAAUAAAGUCUAGCUCAUUUGAUCUCAGAUUUGUCAAUCAGCCAGCAAUCUUCUGGUUGUGAGCGACUGAAAACCCAACUUAUAGCGCCUUGGGUAAAGAAGGGAUUUAAUGGGCUCAUGAAUUAAAAAGUUUGAAAGUGUCUUUAGAAUGCCGGAAAAGUCUGGAAGUGUCCUCAGGCACCGUUAGAUUCAAAGUGCUCACAUAAUGCUAUCAGGACUCAGUGAUUCAUUUCUCAAUCGGCUUUCUUUUGUGUCGGCUUUAUUCUCAGGAGGGCUCUUUCCCCAUGGUGGAGGAUGGCCACCAGAAGCUCCAGGCUUCCAUCCUACUAGCCUAGUAAUCCAGUGGGGAGGGAUUUCCUUUUUUCAGUCGUUCCAAGCUAAGCGUGUCAUUGGCCUGAGUGGGUUCUUGUCCCUAGCUCCAAGGGAACGGAGUGCUCUAACUGACCCUGCCUGUGUCCUGUGCUAACUGCUAAAGCCUGAGCACUGAGGGUAGGGUAAGGAGGAACUGUUUACAGGAAAAUGAAGUGUCAUUAUCAGAAAAAAGGGGAAUGAUGCCAGUUGGGCAAAACAAGAGAUAUCCAUUACUGUUAGGUUGACCCAACUGGG